AUGGGUUGCUUUGUUUCUAAAGAAGACAAAGGGUCGAGGUACGCGGUGGGUGGCGAGACCGAGGACGGUGGUGAUGCCGCCCCCGCGCGAAGCCAGUCCAGCUCCAAAUCGGAAGCCAAGACCGAGCCCCUCGUCGCGAAGCCCAAGCUCGACCCGAAGGACUUCAUCUACAUGAAGCGCACCGGCGAGAAGCUCGUGAAGGCCCCGGGUACCAUUAACGGUCAGCAGUUUGUCAUCGACAGGUGCGAGGACUGCGAGAUUUACAUCCUGGACGAGUGCGACUCGCUCAUGAUCGACGACUGCGUGCGAUGCAAGAUCGUGGUGGGACCGACGACGGGGAGCAUCUUCAUGCGCGACUGCUCCGACUGCACGUGCGUGUUCAUGUGCCGCCAGUACCGCUGCAGGGACUGCAAGGACAUCGACACUCAUUUGCACGUCACCACCCGGCCGAUCAUCGAAACCUCGACCAACAUGCGCUUCGGGUGCUGGGACUUCCACUACGAGGGGCUCGAGGCUCAGAUGCGCAGCGCGGGCAUCUCGGAGUGGCAGAACUUCUGGAGCCAUAUAUACAACUUCAACCCCGACGACGCGACGUGGUCGCUCAUGCCCCCCGAACGCACCGCACUCGCCGCGCUCGAACCCCUGCCGGACUUUUCCGAGCUCGAGGGCGUCGCGGAAGCGCUCGCGGAUGGCGCCAGGCCGCCCCUGUGCGUGAGGACCCUGGGCGAGAGGGACUCGGCGCCAAAGGAGGGUUGCCUUAUCCUGGUUCCCGCGUGCGACGCUCACAUGGCGCGGGAGAUUUGCGACAUGGCGCACGCGGCGAAGGUGUCGCUGGUCCGAACCAACAGGUGCCAGCUCACGGAGGCAUGGGCCGUGUCGUUUCUGGAGGCUGGCGGCGCGGCGUUUCACGCCGAGCUGUGCAAGGGGAAGGCCGUCGGCCUCGAGUUUGGGGGCGAGGGUUGCGCGGAUGCGAUGCGAGGGGUGGCGUCGUCGGGAGGAUUUCCCAUGCUAGAGAACCCCGACCAGUAUGCGGAGUGGCGGUACAUGGGCGUGGAAGGCUAG